UCUUUGUUAGCUCGACAAGCGCGUGACAUGGCGACUAGGCGGGCGAGCCUUUUGUAGUCAUUCGAAUGGACGCCGGGAAGGUCUAGAGUCUUUGAACCCCAUCCCACAACGGCUCACAACUGCCAGGUUCAGGACUCAGUGCAGUGACUGACCUCAAAGCUAUCCGCCUUCUCCAAGAGUCGCGUCAUUCGAGAAUUAUAGGGCUGUACGAGCGAAAUAGAGCUGCAGCCACCCGAAUUACAGGCCUAUGAGGUGGUGAAACCAGUCUGGAUUGGGGAGGUAGCCAGCUCCAAAGUGUCAUGGUGACAAGGAUGCAUUUGAGGUGAGCGUGGCUGGAGUUGGAUGCUGUGGCUGAUGCAAACAGGACGUGGCUUUUGGCGAAUGUUUAUUUCAUCCCUCAACCGCCUCUCUUCACUUCACUAUCUUAACCAAUCGUGUGCUGCGCAGGGGCAAGAUUCUCUUUCUCAAAAGUAACUCAUCUUGCUUGUAGACACCUACACAAGAUUCACUCCUACAACGUCAAAAAUGCAGGAGCCAUCGAGAAGCGAAGUUGUGAGGGAUCUCCAUGGCGACCUCGUUCGCAAGCACAAGAGACACGGCGCCGUUGUCGAGGACAUCUGGAGGGGUUUCAACCAGAAACAGCGGGCGAGCUGCGUCAAAGCCGGCAUGAUGGACGGCGUUCUGCUAAAGCAUUCCCGGGAUGUUUCCUUGGGCAACAUGUACAAGAUCGUCUCCGAGUGGAACUUGCGCGACCUCACCGAGCGACCCGAGCAUCUCUUGAGCAUGCUGGAGCACCGGGCCAAAAGAUCGCUCGCGCAACAGUAUUUCGCUGGCCCCAACAAUGGCGAAGGUGACUACGGCAUCAUUGACGAAAGCAUGCACACCAGAGGCCUCCGUCACGUCAACCCCUUCAAGGAUUGUUGGACGUUUUUCAUAGACGGAGAGCAAUACGGACUGUCGACGAGGAUCGUAUCGGACCACGAACAAGUGUACCGCGACUUUGGCGCAGCUAUGGCGGCCAAGGUCUGCAUUCCACAGGCCACGGGCGAACUCGUCCUACAGCGGCAAACCACUCUGUUGCAGUUGUUGAACAUUCUCAUCGAGGACAUCCUCGAGCAGGGCUCCAAGGAGCGAAGCCAGAAACAGCGUCCUACGAUGUCGGAUGUGACGGCGUCGACCGCAUUCUCCAAGCUCAGCAUCGAGGACCCUCCCGCCAAUCUGUCCCUGCCCGAUCUCGUCGUAAGCGCCCGUGACCAGGCAGCUUCGAUCACGGAACGCCUCAGCUUGUACUCGGAACCGGUCGUCUUGGCCCACAACGUCAACUUCUGGUUCUUUAGCUGACCGGAGCUUCUCCCCGACGAAAA